AUUUAUCUUCAAUAUAUAUCUAUAUAUCGGCGAUUUAUUAUUCCUAUUCACCUAAUUUUUAUCACCGAUAAAAUAACAAACCCUAGCUAUGGCUGACGACCUAGCUCUAAUCAAUUCGCCAUCUCCGGCUCCCGGCGGUGCUACCGGAGGUACGCCGUCGUCUCGUACGUUGCCGUUCCGUGAGGAUUGUUGGAGCGAAGAGGCUACGUCGACGCUCGUUGACGCUUGGGGACGGCGAUAUAUGGAACUCAACCGAGGGAAUCUCCGGCAAAAGGAUUGGCAGGAAGUCGCCGACGCGGUGAAUCUCCGCCAUGGACAUACGAAGAAAACUCGCCGGACGGAUGUUCAGUGUAAGAAUCGGAUUGAUACUUUGAAAAAGAAAUUUAAAGUUGAAAAAGCUAGGGUUUCUGAAUCUAAUGGAUUGAUUACUAGUAAUUGGCCUUUUUAUUCUAGGUUAGAUCCGUUAAUCGGUUCCGCCGCUUCGGCGAAGAAAUCUGUUCCGUCGGCGUCGCCGCCGACGGCUUUGCCUUUACCGUAUCGAAAACCGACUAUUCCGUCGCUAUCGCAGUUUAAUCAUUCACAACCACUAGCUGUUGCGUUACCGCAGAAACGGCCGCUGCCGGUUUCAGCGGCUGUUGACGAGUCGUAUUUUAGGAGAAAUUACUCGGCCGUUGCUGCCGCGGCAGCGGCUGCAGAGGAAGACGGAACGGAUGAUGAGGAUGAGUCGUUGGCGAGUAGUGAUGAUGACGGAGGGGAAAGAGGGAGGAAAGACGGUGGAUUGGGUGAGGGAGGUGAGACGGAUUCGAUGAAACGUUUGGCUAGGGCGAUCGAGAGGUUUGGUGAGAUUUACGAGCGGGUUGAAAGUGAGAAACAGAAACAAAUGAUUGAAUUGGAGAAACAAAGGAUGCAGUUUACUAAAGAUUUGGAAGUUCAAAGGAUGCAGUUGUUUAUGGAUACACAGGUUCAGCUUGAGAAGCUUAAGCAGGCAAAACGAUCGAUUUCGGAUGAUGAUGUUUUCAGUUAACCUGUUUGAAUCUUUCUUGAGGAAUUUUGAUUGAUCAUUGUCGAGUCGAUUUUCAAGCUGGCCUGGUGAGAGGUUAAUACCUCUUUGCAAAUUGUGGUAGUUAUGCAUUAUGCUGAGAAAAGAAAGUGUAUAGAUAAUUAUCUGGAUGAGUUUUAAGGAAGAGGAUGGUUUUAACUGUAAGAGUAAUUAUUAUUAUUAUUAUUAAGACUGUAUUAGAUAAGAAUAUCAAUGUUGUAGUUACUUCUAUUCAAAUGAUGGUAUACCUUCACCUGGUUAAUCUUACUUGAAGAAAUUUCAUCAACUUUUUGGUUUU